ACGCUCAAACACGCACACGAAUUCGUUCUAGCUGUGUGACAUUGGCAUCGUCAUCUUUGUCCGUGACACCAAAGUUAGGCAGUAACACAGAGAGCAGAAACCCUAAUAGAAAGAUAAAAUAGGAAAUUGUGCGUCGAAUCCAUCGGCGGAGGCCAAGGGUCUCUAUCGGCAGAAGGAUAAGAAGCCGGUUGAGAAGAAGCCGGUACUUCCGUCGGAGAUGAAGGGCCUCUUCAAGUCUAAGCCUCGCACCCCCGCCGAAGUUGUACGGCAGACCCGCGAUCUCCUCCUCUACGUCCAGCGCGCCUCCGAUACCCGUGAGAGCAAACGCGAGGAGAAGCAGAUGUCAGAGUUGGGUAAAAAUAUCAGGGAGCUAAAGUCAAUUCUUUAUGGCAAUAGCGAAUCAGAGCCAGUUGCAGAAGCUUGUGCAAAACUGACCGAUGAAUUUUUCAAAGAGAAUACGCUACGGCUUCUGAUUUUAUGUCUUCCAAAAUUGAAUUUGGAGGCUCGAAAAGAUGCCACUCAAGUUGUUGCAAAUUUGCAAAGGCAACAAGUUCAAUCAAGAUUAAUUGCAUCUGAUUACUUGGAAGCAAACAUAGAUCUAAUGGAUGUCUUGAUAUCAGGGUAUGAAAACACAGACAUGGCUCUACACUAUGGUGCAAUGCUGAGGGAGUGCAUACGUCACCAGAGUGUUGCAAGAUAUGUUUUGGAAUCUCAGCACAUGAAGAAGUUUUUUGAUUAUAUUCAACUUCCAAAUUUCGACAUUGCUGCAGAUGCUGCCGCAACUUUUAAGGAACUCCUGACAAGGCAUAAAUCGACUGUUGCUGAGUUUCUUUCUAAGAAUUAUGACUGGUUUUUUGCAGAGUAUAAUUCAAAGCUACUGGAAUCUUCUAAUUACAUCACCAGAAGACAAGCUAUCAAGCUUUUGGGAGAUAUACUAUUGGAUCGUUCAAAUUCAGCCGUAAUGACACGAUAUGUGAGCUCAAGGGACAACCUGAGGAUUCUUAUGAAUCUUCUCAGAGAGACAAGCAAGAGCAUUCAAAUAGAAGCCUUUCAUGUGUUUAAGCUAUUUGCUGCUAAUCAAAACAAGCCUACUGACAUCAUCGGCAUACUUAUUGCAAAUAGAAGCAAGCUUCUAAGGCUGUUUGCUGAUUUCAAAACUGAUAAAGAGGAUCAAGAGUUUGAGGCUGACAAAGCUCAAGUUGUGAGAGAAAUUGCUUCCCUGGAACCUAGAGAGCCUUGAGACCACCCAUGAGCGAGCUUUGUUGUAUGUCAGUCAUUGGAGUCUUUGUGACUCAAUUGUGAAUCUUUAGUCUUACAGCUGUCAGCACGACACGCUAUCAAUACGCAAGAGACCUUGUUUUCUAUUUAAUUUAUACCAUUUAGUUUCUAAUGAUCCUGCUCUGUAAUCUAAAUGUACUUCUGUAAAAGGUAGAUAAAUAAGCCGACGAAGUUAGUUUAAUGCAGCACUUAAACUAAUGCAGAUGUUUGAAUCCUUUAACCAAGUUAUAGUGUGCCACCUUUUUCAUUC